AUGCCCGCCAGAUCGGGCACGUCGUCGUCGAGCAUGCAUACCGCGACUUCCUUUAGCUCCAGCUUCGCCGACGCUUCCCCAUCACGCCAAUCGCCAAAUCGACGAAGCAUACACCGCCCUCACCGCGAAUCACUUACCCGCGACCCCUAUGACAGUCCUUCAAAGCAACUAGCCCUCGAAUUCAACCUCCGCCUGAGCAUAUCAGACCGAGAAUUCAACGAGAAGCUAGACAAAGCUGCCGAGGAACGAGCCAAGCAACAUGCACAACAACUCGCCUACGCUGCCGAAGAACACGAGCGCGUAUUUAGGAGUGCGAAGCUCGAAAUUGAGCGCAUAGCCCUGGAAGAAGAGCAGGCGCGUCUACGCCAUGAAGAGAACCAGAAGAGAGAGAUUGAGCGGUUGAAGCACGAGAGGGCCCGCGAGCAAGCCGAGGCUCAGCGAAGGGCUUUGGAGGCAAAACAGCGUGAGGAAGAAGCCGCCCGUCAACAAGCAGCAGACAAGAAGAAACUCGAAGAGGCGAAUGCCCGUAUCAAAGCUCAGAUUGACCAACAAGCGGCAGCUGAGAAGCAGAAGAAGGAAAAGGACGAGGCUGAUCGGAAAGCUGCCGAGGCUGCAGCCGCUGCAGAAAAGGCUCGACAACAAGCACUACCACAGCAGCCAACUGCACAACCCACACCCGCUGCCGCACCCACACAGGUAGCAGCACCACCACCACCAAAGCCAUCGACCGCCAUACAAGCGCCUACCACCAACGCCGAGCAGAUCCAUGCCAAAUACCUUGAACUCCACCAGCGUAUGAAGGCGUUCCGCAACGCUUUCUGGGAGGAACACAAGAAACCAACUUCGCCCCUGAAAGGCCCAGUCGGUGAUGCUCGACGCGCUCUCCGCACUCGGCUCGGUCAGAUCAACGUUGAGCGAAAGGAUAGUGCCGCCGCCAUCAAGCGCCUGCGAACCGAAUGCUUCGACAUCGCCUUACAAACUCCUGGUCCUAUGAUCGACAUCCGACCAUACAUUGUUUCGCACCAGAUACCCCAGCUAGCCAACGAGAACGAGGCUGCAUACCCGGCAUUCCUACUCUACGUCUGGAUCUGCUUCGAGAAGUUCCUGGUAAAGCAGUUUGAGAAGGAGGCUGCCAACACCGACGGACGCAUCAUCCAAGAGAUUGGCUUGAUAGCAGCCAGCUUGUUUGGUGACCAGAAGUACCAGUGGCAGGGUCUUCCUCUCAUUGACAUUGCACUCGCCAAGUUACACAAGGCUUGUCCUCCACUCUUUGGCAUUCGUGGUACUAUGAACACCAAGGAAGGUCGGUUGCGCCUAGGCUGGCAGGAGGACUCCACCCCAGAGUCGUACUCGCAGCGCAUGCGCGGUAUUGGAGCCGGUUACGCCUCCAUGUCCCUUCGCUCAUUCGCUGCCAAGACACCUGCGAUCGCCAUCUCAGAAUACUGGCGUGCCAUCUCCUCGAUAUGCAACACACCCUCUGAGCAACUCUGGCCUGGACACUUCGCCAUCCUCAGUGGGCUGAUUCGUGACUACUAUAAGAAAUUUCUUCAGUUUUAUGGCGUACCUGCGCGCGGCGUGCUACGUCGCGCUGUCGUUGACCUGCCAGUCCGUGCACCGGAGCGCUGCAAGGACGCUGCGAGUACAAUCGCCGUGCUGCGUGAAACCUGGAAGAGGGAAAGGUUCUCUUUGGAUUAG